AGGGGGCUUGGUAGCUGUCAGAUAAGUUCUCGCGAGAUUUCCGUAUGUGCGUUUUUAAUCUUUUGGGGUGUUCUUCUUCCUUCUUGUUUAUGAAGCUACCCUAAAUUUGGUGCGGCUGCAGUCCUUUUUCGAGGAAGACCGCGGGAAUGGGCAGUCGUUUUAGCGUUGAACUUUAGUUCAGAGUAUUUAUUUAUGAAUUGAUUCAAGAAACUUGGUAGCUAGCUAAAGACUGGGCCACCUUCUUCGUUAGCUAGCUGGCUACGUUAGCAAUAGCGGCCAGUACCGGCAGUAUCUAGUACACACAGGUGAGUGGCCUCUCCCACUAGGCACAUUAGCUAGUAGCUAGCUAGCAACAUCUGGGUGUAUCCUAGUUUUCAGUAGAGUACCCUUUUUUAUUUCCUGUACGAAUUGUAUGUCUUCAUCACUUCAAACCGACCACAUCUCAAUAUUUCCCUUGUUGGAGAGACACUGGCGUUGUAUGCAUCUAAACUAGCUAGGUAGCAAGCAAGUUCACGUUAGCUAGCUAAAUGGCGUCAGAUAGUGACACAGAGGAAUUCUACGAUGCUGCUGAAGACGUCAGUUUUACUCCAUCUCCUAAAGUGACACCUGCAAAGUUUGUCCUUCCCACACCUCAGGGGGUGGUAGAGAGCCCAACAGUGGAUGUGGCUGUUGGGCUGGCCCACCCUGAGGCACGCCAAGAUGACUCCAUCCAGAUCAUCGACAGCAUCAUUGAGGAGAGCCAGAAGGGAAGUGCGGUGGAGGAGGCUCAGCUGAUGGGGGAGAGGAAUGUUGAUACAAGGGCAGAGUCAGAGGUGAAGAACGAGACUGUGGCCCCUGUAGAACCAGAGCGUCCCGCUAUGGAACCUCAGCCUGUGGUUGAGAGAUCAGAGCAGCCACAGGAACAGCAGGGAGUGUGUUCCAUGGCUCUCCCAGACAUCCCCAGCCUGUUGGCUGGGUCACACGAGCACGUCCAGCCCCCAGACAUCACCAGCGCCCUAGGGCAGGGGCAGAGUCAACCAGACCUCCCGCAGGACCUCCCUGACCUUCCCCGGGUGUCUGCAGACAUGGACAGGGAGCAGAGACCAGCAGACAUCCUAGACCAGGUUCCCCUUACAGACAAGCCGGCUGACUCCUCCGACCCAGGGCCUACUAAACCCCCACGGCAGUUCACUGUAGAGCCUGACAUUGUGGCCAGCACCAAGAAGCCUCCACCCUCACGCCCACCCCCUCCCAGCGGAGCUCCUCCUCCACGGCCGCCACCCCCAUCCCGGCCUGCUUUACCCCUCAGCAAGAAGUCCCAGGAGUGUAUGAGGCCCACAGGACUGGAAGUGUGUGCAACGGAGCUGGAGGAGCCAUGUGGCCUGGUGUCUCCCAGCAGCACAGUAAGGAGCAUCACCAAGGAUCUGCAGCACUCUCUGGACCUGGCCAGCGCCACCAGUGGGGACAAGGUGGUCACAGCACAGGAGAAUGAGGAUGAGCAGGCAUCCAGUCCCAUUGGUGACACUUUAGGUCCUCAGCGUCCACGAUCCAACUCUGGCAGAGAGCUGACUGAUGAGGAGAUCCUGGCGAGUGUGAUGAUUAAGAAUCUGGACACUGGUGAGGAGAUCCCUCUGAUCCAGGCAGAGGAGAAGCUUCCCACAGGGAUCAACCCACUCACAUUACACAUCAUGAGGAGGACCAAGGAGUACAUCACGAAUGAUGCAGCACAGUCAGAUGAUGAUGACAAGGCCCAGGCUCCCUUGAGCGACACAGAUGGAGGGAAGCUGAAACAGAAAACCACUCGGCUGAAGAAGUUCCUGGGCAAGUCUGUGAAGAGGGCCAAGCAUCUGGCUGAAGAAUAUGGUGAGAAGGCCGUCAACAAGGUGAAGAGUGUCCGUGAUGAAGUGUUUCACAACGACCAGGAUGACCCGUCGUCCAGUGAUGAUGAGGGGAUGCCCUACACCCGGCCUGUCAAGUUCAAGGCAGCCCACAGCUUCAAGGGCCCUUUCGACUUUGAUCAGAUCAAGGUGGUCCAGGACCUGAGUGGAGAGCACAUGGGUGCAGUGUGGACCAUGAAGUUCUCUCACUGUGGGAGGUUGUUGGCGACAGCAGGCCAGGACAACGUGGUGCGAAUCUGGGUUCUGAAAAAUGCCUUUGACUACUUCAACAACAUGAGGAUAAAGUACAACACUGAAGGUCGUGUGUCGCCCUCUCCCUCUCAGGAAAGCCUGUGUUCCUCCAAAUCAGACACGGACGGUGGGGUGAGUAAGAUGAGCAGUGUUCCUGAAGACCCCGAUUCAGAGGACAAGAAUCUCCCCUUCCGCCAAGUCCCCUUCUGCAAGUACAAGGGUCAUACGGCUGACCUGCUGGACUUGUCCUGGUCAAAGAACUACUUCCUGCUUUCCUCGUCAAUGGAUAAGACGGUCAGACUGUGGCACAUAUCUAGGAGAGAGUGUCUAUGCUGCUUUCAGCAUAUUGACUUUGUCACAGCCAUCGCAUUCCAUCCUAGAGAUGACAGGUACUUCCUGAGUGGCUCUCUGGAUGGGAAGCUGCGUCUGUGGAACAUCCCAGACAAGAAGGUGGCCCUGUGGAACGAGGUGGAUGGACAAACACGCCUCAUCACUGCUGCCAACUUCUGCCAGAACGGGAAGUACGCUGUCAUCGGCACCUAUGAUGGCCGCUGCAUCUUCUACGACACCGAGCGCCUUAAAUACCACACCCAAAUCCACGUACGGUCGACCAGAGGCAGGAAUCGAGUAGGACGGAAAAUCACAGGUAUCGAGCCUCUGCCUGGAGAGAACAAGAUUCUGGUAACCUCCAAUGACUCCAGGAUCCGCCUGUAUGACCUGAGGGACCUGUCUCUGUCCAUGAAGUACAAGGGUUACGUCAACAGCAGUAGUCAGAUCAAAGCCAGCUUCAGCCAUGAUUACUCAUUCAUUGUGAGUGGCUCAGAGGAUAAGUAUGUGUACAUCUGGAGCACCUAUCACGACCUGAGCAAGUUCACCUCUGUACGACGAGACCGCAAUGACUUCUGGGAGGGAAUUAAAGCCCACAAUGCAGUAGUGACAUCUGCCAUUUUUGCGCCACAUCCUAACCUGAUCGUCCCCCAGGAGGCGGGGGCAGAGAAAGCGGGGGCUGGGGCCGAUGCAGAGUGUAAGAGCUUGGACUCUACUGACUCGGAGACCAUUCCCUCAGGGGCUCUGAAGACUGAUCAUACAGAGGUUCUGCUCUCUGCUGACUUCACCGGCGCCAUUAAGGUUUUCAUCAAUGUAAAAAAGUACUGAGCAAUUCAGCCUGAAAGGCUUCAACCUGAACCCUUACUGAUCUGUCCGCCAAUGUACAGUCCUACAAUGGAAGCAGAGCAAACCGCUGCCCUACCAACGCUUCUAAAACCGGCCAAUCGCCUACUGGUGAGUGCUCCGGGAGGGAGGAGUCAUCCUCCGGAGAACAGGGACCCUAAAGUAGAGGAUGAUGGGAAGGUGGAGGAAGUGAACUGUAAAUGGAGGAAGCAGCUCACUGAUGUCCUGUCACAUUUUGUUUUUCUUUUUUAACAAAGAACAAGUGUGCACUGUGUUUUGAAGUAAAGCAGGUUUGUGAGACAGGGUCGGACUGUAUAUCAGGACCAGAAACUGGAUCUGGUAACUGAGGGAUGGAUGGUUAAAAUACACUGUAAUGUAAGCUAUUUGUCAGAGUGUAAGGGGUACACUGUCUUACUCUUAACUUUACUGCUUUUCUAGUUCCCCACGAUCCUCCCUGCCAGGAAUGACUGUCUUAAAUUUUACUAAAUAAUCAUUUCAGUUGCAAAUCUUCAUUUGUCUGUCAGUGUGUAUUGAAAAAUAAAAUGGAACCACAGAUUUUUU